UCGUCGAGCCCUGGCAUUGGGAGGAUGUCCAGGCGUUCCUCUCGAUACCGUUAUCGGCAACAUGUCUUCCACCGAACUCGACCACAUCGCCGAUCAAUUGCUCGUUAUUCUUGAUGAGAUGCGCUCAUACAAGAGCACGACGCUCGGGGCAGUCACCGGCGGUCCUUACCGCAAUCGAAACAUGCCCUACCCUUGGCAACCUCCGCACGCAUUUUCGAACGUCAAGGACCACUUCCCGACCGACGGACAGGUCCACUUCACUCACGGCGACCUCCUCCCCCAUAACAUCCUUGUCGAUGGUUCCAAGAUUACAGCUAUCGUUGACUGGGAAACUGCCGGCUAUUAUCCUGAUUUUUGGGAAUACUGCUGGAUGCACGAUUGUGGAUGGAUGACGCCGGCAUGGGGACGAGUUCUUGCCCGCAUGUUCCCAGGCCCGCCUCGGGAAAAGGAAAUCGAUGCUGUGUAUCAGAUCCUUCGUGAUCUUUAUUACAACAGUAGUGGAAUGCAGAGUUGA